AUGACGCUGCCGCCGCCCGCGCGCCCCGCGCAACUUCCCGCCGCGCACCGCGCGAUGCGCUACUACCGCAUUUGGAUCUACGCUUGCAACGGGGCACUGCUGCUGGGAGCCCUCGCCUUCUGUGCUGCAGCCGGUCGCGCGCUAGCCGACUACCGCCGUGGGCUGGUCCCGGGCCUCGGCGCUGCGCAACCCGGUUUCCUCUACGGCUACGCAGCGCUCCCUGUUCAAGCCGGCUUGCUCCAGCUGCUCGGCUGCCUAGCGGCUCUACGCCUCUCGGAACGCAUGCUAAACGCCUACUGGCUCGCACUUCUGGCUCUGCUGGUAGGCGACGCUGCUAUCGGGGUUUACUGGGUCUUCCGUUUUGAGCGCGUCUGCCGAGAGCUACGACCGCAGCUGCGAAUCAGGCUCGCGAAGGACUACGACAACGACGUGGAUUUCUCAGAAGCUUGGGAUCGCCUGCAGCGAGAGCAAAGUUGCUGCGGCGUCACGGGGCCCUCAGAUUUUGCAACGUUCAAUCGAACCAUUUUGCCACCCAGCUGCUGUCGAAUACCAGCACAUACGCCGGCAGUCACCCCGGUUACAUUUUCCACGCCAGCUACUUCACCAGUCUCCUUUACCCCAGUUCAUUGUAUACCACAUACCGCCGCUUGCGCCGAAAGGUUACUUAAUUGGCUCAGGAAAACAGCUGACGCGCUUUUCGUUUUGGGCUAUUGUGUUAUUGCAUUCUUAAAAUUUUGUUUCCUGGGAAUUCUUAGAUGCGAAAUUAAAGAAAUGAUUCAGAAAAUUAGGAUACUUCGCACCGAAAUGGGUGCCGACGAGCUUUUAGACGGUAGCCCAUUACACGGGGGACCUUUGUCUCAAACCAUAGUUGUGAAUGCUGUAAACGCCAACGGAGGGGUUCGUACUCACGGUGGAAGUCCAGAAAGAGCAAGUGAACGUGAGGCAUUGCUAGGCAGGGCUUCGGAACCGUGUUCGAGACGCAGCAUACAUGAGGAAUCCUUAGCACCGAAAACCGUGAACGGCAACAACAACUGCGAGAUGCGUGAGCUGGCGCGUGGCGACUACAGGCCCUUGGCGGCGGACAGUGCGGCGACCAGAAUCUGA